UUAGUUUUUUUUUUUUUUUUUUUUUUUUUUUUUUUGGUAACCUUCCUCCGGCAAUGGGAUGCUGUGGAAACACAGAGAGGACAAAACAAGAAUGGAAACCGCUGGAGGACCGGAGCUUCACAGAUCUUCCAUGGUUUCUGUUAUUCACAUUGUUCUGUGUAGGAAUGUGCGGAAUCUGUGGGUUUACCAUCGUGACUGGAGGGGCGGCGCGGCUGAUGUUUGGAUAUGACAGCUACGGUAACACAUGUGGUCAGCGCAAUGAGGCCAUCGAAGGUGUCCGGCUGAGCGGUCUCGAUCACACCGACAGAAAAUAUGUCUUUUUCCUGGAUCCAUGCAACAUAGACAUCAUCCAGAGGAAGAUUAAGUCCAUGGCGCUGUGCGUGUCACAAUGUCCCACAGAGAAACUGUCGACUUACUACGACCUCAAGAGGUUUGCCAUGAUGAAUGGGUCUGAGCUUUGUUCAUACGAGUUACCAGGUCAUAAGUACCCACAACUUUCAGAGCGUUUCGACAAGUGUCCCAAACUUCCGGUACCAGAGAGCAAAGCUCUUCCAGUAUUUAACCGCUGCACGCCGGUGGAUAUCUCCUGCUAUGCUAAGUUUGCUGAAGCAGUUGUUACGUUUGUCAGUGAUAACAGCAUGUUAAACCGACUGAUCGCUGGGGUGGCGGCCAGCAAAGAGAUCAUUGUCGGACUUUGUCUGCUGGCGCUAGUUCUGUCCAUGAUCCUCAUGGUGGUAAUCCGUUACAUCUCUGCUGUCCUGGUUUGGAUACUCACUGCACUCAUUGUUCUGGGUUCUCUGGGAUGCACCAGCGUUCUGUGGUGGUUAUAUAUCGACUACAGAAUGAAAAUGAAUGAAACUAUGUCUAAGGAUUUGAAGGAAGCAGAAGAGGCCAGUGGUGACAUUAAGACCAUGAAAGGCCAUGCUCAAAGCCUGCUUAUCUACGCCGUUUCAGCGACUGUGUUUACGGGACUUUUGUUGCUUCUGAUGUUGUUCAUGAGGAAGAGAAUGGCCCUGACCAUUGCCCUGUUCCACGUGGCAGGAAAAGUGUUUAUUCAUCUACCGCUGCUGGCACUGCAGCCCUUCUGUACCUUCCUUGCUCUUUCUUUAUUCUGGGUCUACUGGAUCAUGGUCCUACUCUUCCUUGGCACCACUGGGAACCCGGAGAAGAAUGAGGACACAGGUUUUGUUGAGUUAAGACUCUCGGGUGCAUUGCAGUAUAUGACCUGGUACCAUGCAGUGGGUCUAAUCUGGAUCAGUGAGUUCAUCCUGGCCUGUCAGCAGAUGACUAUAGCCGGCGCUGUGGUAACCUACUAUUUCACAAGGGACAAAACCAAACUCCCAAUGACGCCCAUCCUGUCAUCAGUGCUGCGGCUCGUGCGUUAUCACCUGGGUACUGUGGCCAAGGGCUCCUUCAUCAUCACCCUGGUCAAGAUCCCACGCCUCAUCCUCAUGUACAUCCACAACCAACUCAAAGGAAAGGAAAAUGCUUGUGCACGCUGCAUGCUGAAGGCCUGUAUCUGCUGUCUGUGGUGUCUGGAGAAGUGCCUCAAUUAUUUGAAUCAGAAUGCAUAUGCGGCAACGGCCAUUAACAGUACCAGUUUCUGCACGUCGGCCCGUGAUGCCUUCAUGAUACUGGUGGAAAACGCUCUUAGGGUGGCGACCAUCAACACCAUGGGAGAUUUUGUACUGUUCCUGGGCAAGAUCCUGAUUGUGACGUGUACAGCGUUUGCAGGCGUGUUGGCUCUGAAUUAUCAGAAAGAAUACACAGAGUGGGUGCUGCCACUCAUCAUCGUGUGUUUGUUUGCGUUCCUGGUGGCACACUGCUUCCUGUCCAUCUUCGAGAUCGUGGUGGACGUACUCUUCCUCUGCUUUGCCAUCGACACCAAAUACAACAACGGCACACGUGGGAGAGAGUUCUACAUGGACAAGGCCCUGAUGGAGUUUGUGGAGAACAGCAGGAGGUCAAUGGCGAUAGAGGAGCUGUUGCACAGCAAGCGCGCCCGUACCAAGAAAGAGGUAGAGUUGAUUGAGGUUAAGGCCAUGGUGAGUGGAGGUGUGGGCGUGGCAGGGACAGAGUGGCAGAUGUUACAAGAGUUUCACCUGUACUAUCUGCUGCUGUGUGUGCUGGUGGACUGGGCCCUGUCAGAGCACACGCUGGUGCUGUGCCUCACCCAAGACAUGAUCAUCUUCCUGUCGGUCUGCCUGCCCACCUCCACCCUCUUCUUCCUGGGCACUCUGCUCCAGAACACGCCCGUCGCUGCUGCAUGCUGACUAAUGCUUCCUCAUCGCCUAUAUCCAUUCUUCCAUCCAUCCUUUCUUUCUUC